AUGAGGGCAUCCCAGGCGCGAGUCUUUCAGCUGGCGCCAUCUGUAGUUCGCCAAGUGGCGGCCAUCUUCGCCACCCUGGAGCGCUGCUCGUGGUACCAGUUCGCCGUCAUCACCACCAAUCUUGGAGGACACGAGGACUUCGUUCGCGCAGUCCGGGACCGGCAGUUGAAAAGCAAAAGCGUAGUUGGCCGCGAGGCAGACAUAUUUGCAUACCGACAGCCUUCAUUUAGGGAAAGCACGUCCGGUUUUCCCGUUCAGCCACAAACAACGCGCAGAUACUCGGUGCUGGAGAUUCGCACCAUUCGCGGCCUGACGCGCCAGGAGUUCCGCUGCCAGCUGGAACCCAUCGCGGCGGGCGAGGCCCGCGUGAUCCUGCUCUUCGCCAGCAAGGAUGACUCGCGCGAGCUGUUCGCGGCCGCCCUGCAGCUGGAGAUGACCGGCAACAACUACGUCUGGAUCGUCACCCAGUCCGUCAUCGGAGCCCACCCGGGAAUCGCACCACCCGAGUACCCCGCAGGUCUGCUCGGUCGGACGCUGGACACAAAGAUGCAUCGAUAUCAAGGACGUCGUCUGGCCAGGAGAAGAUCUGGUUUCACCAAAAGGAGUCCCGCAGAAAUUUAAUCUAAGGGUACGGCUCGUUUCGCAACCUCGUCGAGAAUAUAACGGACGAAGAUGUUGAGUCGGAAAGCUCUAAUGGACUCUUUUCAUGAGGCGAUGCUUGCGUCAUAGCUACGACUAAGUUUACACGGGGCACCCUGG